CGAAGGUAAGGCGCGAGACGACGAAAAGAAAGAAAGAUCAUCCACAUCAUCAUCCACACAGUAAACACAUUCAAUAAGACAGAAUGUUACGCAAUACGCCUUUCGCCGGCACGCCCACUUACAAAUUACUGCUAGGCUUUGGCCUCUGUUCGCUGGGUAGUGCCAUGCUCUACGCCUACUUCAAGUCCCGCAAUGACGGCACGGAUGAAACGGGCACGAACAAGCAAACAGCGGGGGAACAGGAACAAAUGCAGAAACAGAAACCACAGCAAAAGGAAAUUUGUCUCAAAAUCGUUGUGGACAAUGACCAUGUACCGUUGAUUAUUGGACGCGGCGGCGCCAACAUUAAGCUGAUUGAGGAAAAGAGCGGGGCAAAGAUAAGAUUACGCGAUAAGGACAACUCCCAUAAGUUCUGCGACAUAAACGGCUUGCCCGAUGCGGUUAAGGCGGCUCGUGUUAUGCUCAUCAAGGAGAUUGAGCGUGCGCCCAUCGUCAAGAUGGAGCUGCAGGUACCACUGCGUUUGGCCAACAGGAUCAGUGGACGCGGAGGCGAGAUAAUACAGGACAUUAGCCGAACAUCAUUGGCUAAGCUCAGCGUCGAUCUAAAUGGACGCAAUGGCAAGGCCAAGAUCAUCAUUGUUGGCAACCAGAAGCAGGUGAACAUCGCCCGCAAGCUGCUGGACGACCAAAUCGAGGAGGACGAGCAGCUGCGACUGGCUGUCGAUGAGGUGGAACAGCAUCGCGAACCACGACGUUCGCCCAGCUACAGUCUUACCUCCAGCGUGUACUCAUCGCAGACGUCGCUCAGCUCCCAGCCGCCGCGAGACAAGCUAAUGGCCUCUCGUGGAGAUGACAAGCCCAUGGAAGUGUACGUCUCGGCAGUUGCAUCGCCCACAAAGUUCUGGGUGCAGCUGGUGGGCCCGCAGUCAAAGAAGCUGGACGACAUGGUCAAGGAGAUGACCACCUACUACAGCAAUGCCGAGAAUCGCGCCAAGCACCAACUGACCUCGCCGUACAUUGGCCAGAUCGUGGCCGCUGUCUUUAAGUUCGAUGAGAAAUGGUAUCGCGCCGAGAUCGUAGACAUUAUGCCCAAUCAGUAUAAUCCGAAUGAGCAGGUCAUCGAUCUGUACUUUGUGGACUACGGCGACAGUGAAUAUAUCUCUCCAGCAGACAUUUGCGAGCUACGCACCGAUUUCCUAACCCUAAGGUUCCAGGCAGUUGAGUGUUUCUUGGCUAACGUGAAAUCAACUAUUGUAGAUGAACCUAACACCUGGCAAAAGGCAUCUAUAAGCAAGUUCGAGGAAUUCACAGAGGUUGCCCAUUGGCGCAAGCUGAUCGCACGGGUGGUCACUUACAAGGAGCGUCCGAAGGUGACGAGCGCCGCCAAUGCGUCCACACGAGAUGGAACACCACUGCCCGGCGUGGAGCUGUUCGAUCCCACCGAAGGCGGUGAGGUGAACAUUGGCGAUAUGUUAAUAAUGCAGGGCUACGCCCUGCCACUGGAUGAUGCAUAUCCGGUGCGAUCGCGCUCCACGUCACCAUCGACUCAAAGUGAUUCCACUAUCGAGGAGCUGUGCGCCACAAAUACGCCCCGAACGCCGCUCACCCCUAUGUCGCCCAUGUCGUUGUCAAUCACAAACGAUGUGGACAGUGUGGAGGAUGCACAUUUUGCCAAUCAGCUGCAGCACUUGGGGCAGAAGUUGAACGGCAAUGACCUGAGCCAUAUCAAUCCAGUUCAACUGACCACAGACGACAUUAAAAACAGGAAUGGAGAAGCCAUCGAGAGCACACACAGCGAUGUGGCUCGCUAAUGCAGAUUGGCUAUUCUUAACUCUCAAAAUUAGUCUAAGCUAAGCUCUCGCCUUAUGAUAAUUGUGGGUAGUCAUUGUAAAAAGGCAGCUCCCUACUUGAUAUGUAUAUAAACUUAAAGAAACCUAAAAGAAAAGGA